UGAUAAGAUAGCGUACUCCCUCGAACCGAGGUACUUCAGUGUAUCUUACUAAGCGAGAUAUAGUUAUAUGUCGCUACUCGACCACAUGUGUCGAAAAGUAUAAAUUAAAAAGUCCAGAGACUGGGAUGAUCACAGGGUUACAGAAUCACGGUUAACUACUAAGUGCCAUUCCAUAAUCCAUAUUCCAACAUUUCACUUAGAGUAGCACUCUCAACGUGCUCACCGCCGGAGGAAACCAACGAUGGCAACUACUUUAGCUGAACACAUCUCUCUUGAAAAGACCGACGAUGGCUACAUUUCGACCCACCUACCACAGCGCAUGGGAAACUCAGCACCCAUAGCGUACGGAGGAUACGCCAUUGGCCUUGCCAUCCAUGCAGCCUGCAAAAGCGCUCCGGAAGGAUAUCACCUCUAUUCCGCCUUUGGGCAUUUUCUCCGAGCAGUGAGCACGGAAGCAAAACUGGUCUGCAAAACGGUUCAACUCCGCAAGUCAAAAAGCUUCGUCACAUAUCGCGUUUCCGUGGAACAGCAAGUCGGGCCGAGCGGUGAAUUUCUGUUGUGCAUGGAGGUUACAACCGACUUCCACAAGAACGAGUCGUCUAUCCUAUCUCAUUCGGCAGCACCGAGUCGGGCAUAUAGCAAUUGGAAGGAUUGUAUGACGUGGGACCGCAUCAUCGAGGACCAGGUGAAAUCCGGAAAAGUAACCGAAUGGCAGUCUAAAGCGUUUCUUAAACAAUUCGGACUAUCUAGGGAUCUCUAUGAAGGUCGACCAUGUCCUGAAGGCGUCUCGUCACAAAAUCUGAUCGGUCUAGCAAAGACGAUCAAAACCAGCCAGGAUGAACUAUCUCCCACGGCAAAGUCGUCCGCGGAUUGGUUUCGGGUAAAACAUCCUCUGCGGACAGAGGCGGAACAGAUGGCCGGCUUGGGGUUUAUUAUGGAUGGACUCCUGUCUUUUCUCCCCCUGGCCCACAACCACCUGUUCUUUGAUGAUGUUGGUGCAUGCUCGAGUCUUGACUUUGGUCUCAGGAUUUUUACGCCGCGUCUCGCCAUCAAUGGAUGGCACUUGCGGGAGGCUAUCAACCACCGUGCGGGAUCCGGGCGCACGUUUAGUGAGAGCAAGCUCUGGGAUGAAGAGGGGAAUAUGGUUGCAUGUAUGUCCCAGCAAUCUAUACUCAGGGUUCCCGCCAAGAGGGCCAAAAUAUAAUACAGUUGUAUGUGGUGUAAUCUACGGGGGUAACCAAACUUGCUCAGUUAAUGAGAUGGUUGGUUUGCCUAUGGCUUUCUCUUCCAUAAUUUGUUAUUGGAAGGAAUAUUUGUUGGUGUAUUUG